GCUCUCCACUUCCGGAAAGGAUUGUGUUCCGCGCAUUGAUUAUAAAUUCACCUUCCUGGUUUGAAGACUACCUAGUCAGGAGGAAACUGAGGUGUACCUUCUGAAGCAGAACACAGAGGCUGUGAGUGGGUCAUCAGGCAGUCUCCCUAUGUCAGCCCGAAACGGGUCUGCAAGUGAUGCAGACUGCCGGAUCUCUGAGGACUGCCAUGUCCCAGAUGUUGAGCUGAUGGAGCUGGGGCCGCUGCUUGAGGAGGGAGGGGGGCGACAGGCAGCAUCCAAAGGCGUGGUGUCAGAGGGAGCUGCAAUGCUUGCUGAAGAGGAAGAAGAGGAUGAUGAGGUGGGAGAGGUCCUAACCUUACCACUUCAGGCUCACCACGCCAUGGAGAAGAUGGAGGAGUUUGUACACAAGGUUUGGGAGGGGCGCUGGAGGGUCAUCCCCUUCCAUGUCCUGCCCGAGUGGCUAAAGGACAACGAUUACCUUCUGCAUGGACAUCGGCCCCCAAUGCCCUCCUUCCGGGCUUGUUUUGGGAGCAUCUUCAGAAUUCACACUGAGACAGGGAACAUCUGGACUCACCUGUUAGGGCUGAUCUUAUUCAUUUGUCUGGGCACGUUGACCAUGCUGCGGCCCAACAUGUAUUUUAUGGCCCCACUGCAAGAGAAGGUGGUGUUUGGGAUGUUCUUCCUGGGAGCUGUGCUCUGCCUGAGCUUUUCCUGGCUUUUUCAUACAGUCUAUUGCCACUCUGAGAAAGUGUCUCGCACCUUCUCCAAGCUUGACUACUCUGGCAUUGCCCUCCUGAUCAUGGGCUCCUUCGUGCCCUGGCUGUACUACUCCUUCUAUUGUUCUCCUCAGCCUCGACUUAUCUACCUCACCAUUGUAUGUGUCCUCGGCAUUGCAGCAAUCAUAGUUGCCCAGUGGGAGCGGUUCUCUACACCUCGUCACAGACCUACAAGAGCAGGUGUGUUCAUGGGUCUUGGACUAAGCGGCAUUGUCCCCACCAUGCACUUCACCAUCGAGGAGGGCUUUGUUAAGGCCACCACAGUCGGCCAGAUGGGUUGGUUCUAUCUGAUGGGUGCCAUGUAUAUCACUGGUGCUGGUCUCUACGCAGCAAGGAUCCCUGAACGAUACUUUCCUGGGAAGUGUGACAUCUGGUUCCACUCUCAUCAGAUCUUUCAUGUCCUGGUUGUGGCGGCAGCGUUUGUCCAUUUCUACGGGGUUUCCAACCUUCAGGAGUUCCGCUACGGCCUUGAGGGAGGAUGUACAGAUGACACCCUACUCUGAGAGGCCUGACUGUGACUUAUUCAUACUUUUCUUUAUAGUCACACACACACACACCACAUAAACACACACACACACCCCACAUAAACACACACACAUACAAUCACUUAAAAUGCUGCUGGAAUUCAAUAUAGUCACUUAUUGCUCUUUCUGUACUUCUGAUUUGCUAACAUCUUGUUUGGGUUUUGGUGGUAUUUCUGUUUGGCUCUUUUUUGCUCCAAUAAAGUAGCAUUAACUAGCCAUUGAACUGCUGAGGGAAUCUUCAACAGGCCCUACAUCUACAAUAAUUAUUAAACUUGAAGUCUACAUUUUCAAAUAAGGUCAAACUGGGAACCAUAAUUAUAUAUCCCAUUAACUGAUGGUCACUUCUUAGAAGCUCACUAGUACCACAACCUGUUUUUAGUCUGUUACCGGUGCACAAAGGGCACAGAGAGUAUUAUUUGUGCUGUAGCAGAGGGCACAUACUGUAAACCCUUCCUCCCAGCUUCCAUGCAGGUUAAAGGAUGAAUGUACCGUCCACCAGGCGUGAGGUGUAGAGCAGUCAUCAAGGAUGGCCUUCAAGAACCAUUUAGGUCCUUGAAGGCCGGCACACACACCAGAUGUUUUCUAACUGCUGACAUUGAUUGUGCGGCUGAGUGUUAAACCCUAGAGGACCCCUACAAACUCACCCAUGCCCGCUGUGCAGAGAAACAUGAACUAUACUCUUAAGGCCCACAUAAUCAAUUUAAAAUCAAAUCAAAUACAUUAUUUUGAAAAGGAGAUCUUAUAAAUAUGACCUAUAGAUGUGUUAAAACAAGGUGCAUCACUUAAAAAUAUUAUCAAAUAUUAAGUCACUCAGUACUAACAAACUGAAACCUGAGUUGUUGUUUUUUUAUUUAAUUCUUAAAUUAAGAUUUUAUCAAUUGACAAGUCUCAAACGAUUUUUUUUUCAAAUGGCACAGAAUGUGUAGAAGGUUAAAAAAAAAGCUCCCCUGCCAUAACGUUUCAGUCAGACAACGCAUUGAUUAAUUUCCAGAGUAAUAGUUCCUGGGUGUUGCACAAUGUAUACAUCUGGAUAGUUCAACUUGUGUUUUUGUCAGCUUGAUAUAUUUCUUUUGUGCUAGAUUUCAGAUGCAAUGAGAGGUAAAUAUCAAAUGCACCUUAGUGUAUACUAUAAAAUUCAAAACUUUAAAUCACUAUUGGAUUUAAAAUGUGUUAUGUAUGAUUGAUAUAAACGUUUAGUAUUCCUGUGCCUUAGGCCAAUGGAAAUGUUUUUAAAUAAAACGGCCUAUCUUAACAGUCAAGUGAGCUUCAAGGAUAUCCAGAUGUUGAUUUUUCUUGUUUUCCUUGCCAUAUAAACAAUCAAAUCAUUAUUGAACUUAAAACUCCAUGGAUAGGUUGUAUCAACUGCUGUUUAAGACUCCUUUUUCUAGAUCAACUUAUUCAAGCUUUAUUACAAAGACUAAAACAAUGUGUAUUCUUGACUUAGUGUAAUGUCCUGUGUAGAAAGUGAUAAAUCAUACAUUUCACUGAAAUGUAAACAUAAAUAUUUAUUAAUUGUAAUCUUGGAAAAUUAUGUAAUAAAUUGUUUUCCACAUGUACAAAAA